UUGGUUGAGACAUACACACCCCGACCAAGUUGUUGAGUGCGCCUGUCUAGAAGUUUAAAUAAAGUGCAAAAUGAAAUCCAUGCUCGUUUUUGGCCUGUUGGCUAUGUGCGUGUUGGCGGCCAGCGCCACCGAGGAGGCAGCCAAGAAGGUGGAAGUUGUGCCAGCUGUUGAAGCCAGCAGCUCGACGGCUGAGAAGAAGCAGGGCAAGCGUGGCAUUAACUAUUCCGGCUACGGCUUUGGUGGCUCCGGCCAUGGUGGCUCCAGCUAUGGUGGCUCCAGCUAUGGUGGCUCCGGCCAUGGUGUCGUCCUCGGCGGUGGUCUCGGCGGUGGACUCGGCGGUGGACUCGGCGGUGGACUCGGCGGUGGACUCGGCGCUGUCCAAGAGCUGCCUACACAGGUGCGCACCAACACCGUUGUAAGGACCGUGCAGGUGCCCUACCAGGUAGAGCGUCGUGUGCCCUAUCCCGUUGAGAAGACCGUUACCUAUCCAGUCCAGGUGCCCGUGCCACAGCCCUACCCCGUGGAGAAGGUUGUCCAAUACCCCGUGAAGCAGAUCGUCAAGGUGCCCGUUCAUGUGCCCCAACCCUACCCUGUUGAAAAGGUUAUCAGGGUCCCCGUUAAGAUUCCCGUCGAUCGUCCCUACACCGUUCAUGUUCCCAAGCCCUACCCCGUCCCUGUUGAGAAGCCAGUGCCUUACACCGUGGAGAAGCGCGUCAUCCAGAAGGUGCCUGUCCAUGUCGACCGCCCCGUCCCCUAUGAGGUGAAAGUGCCCGUCAAUGUGCACGUUGAGAGCCAUGUGCAGCCCGCCAUUACCGUCACCCACAAGGUCACCCGUACCGAGGGCGCACCAAUUGUCAGCGCACCUGUAGUUGGUCAUGGCGUCGCCUAUGGCGGUGGAUACUCUGGUCAUGGUAUCUCCGGUCAUGGUAUCUCUGGACCCGGUAUCGCCAUCGGCCAUGGCAUUUCCUCUUAUGGUGGAGGUCAUGGCGUUGCUUAUGGCGGUCAUGGAAGCUCUGGCCAUGGUAUCUCUUCGUACGGCACCUCCGGACACGGCGGCUACCUCCACAAAAAGUAGAUCAAUUUAAACGCUAACGAGGGCCAUCAGAAAUUUGAAACGGGUGAAGGAGAGAAGGCGCAUCAACAUCAUGUCGAAAUAUUCCAAUUCCCUCAAGAAAAAACAAUCAAAAGGAAGAACCCCAAAUCCGAACCCGAACUCAAGCCCGCAACCCUCAACGUACGACUUACAAUUUAGUUUUAGUUUGUGAUACCAGCCGAAAUUCUUAGGAGGAAGCAACAAUCGUUCAACGGGAAGAUCAUCAAAUGCGGCAUUUCGAAUAGUGCUUCCGUAGACGGAACACUCUGAAAACUUGCCAGCACCCGCCAAAACCCUAGCCCCAAAAGUCGCAUUCGUUUGUCCUGCUUGAGUUGUGUUGUGUCACCCUGCCUCCUUUUAUGUACAGUUCUUUCUAGACUGGAAAAACAAAAACAAAAAAUCAGUUGCACCUUCGACUUUUUUCACGUCAAUUUCUAUUCUAUGAAAUUUUUGUACAUAUUU